AUGGUUUUGGAGUUUACUAAGAAAAUAAUCUUUCUCUUCAUGACCAUGCUUGGCAUUCUGGGGAACUUAACUCUUUCUGUGGAUUAUAUGUACAAUUGGUGGAGAGGCCCUGAGAAGAAACCCACACACCUUAUUCUCAUCCAUUUGGCUUUUACAAACAUCAUAACCCUCUGUGCAAAAGGAUUGCCAAAGACAAUAGCAGCUUUGGGUUUGAGAAUCUUCCUACAUGACAUAGGGUGUAAGAUCAUUGUUUACCUGGAGAGAGUGGCCCGUGGCCUCUCCAUCUGCACCAGCAGUCUUCUCACUGUGGUCCAGGCCAUCAUCAUCAGUCCCAGAGUAUCUGGGUGGAGAAGAUUCAGGCCAAAGUCUUCAUGGCACAUCCUUCCAUUCUUCUUAUUCUUUUGGAUACUCAAUUCUUUAAUAGGUAUGAACCUUAUCCAUUCCACCACAAAUAUAAGAUUGAAUGUAUCACAGCUCAGGAGUGAUGACAACUAUUGUUAUUUUAUGCUACCAACUUGGAAAAUAAAAUGGAUUUUUCUCCCUCUCAUGGUCCUGAGAGACGCAGUGUUCCAGGGCGCCAUGGGAGGGGCCAGUGGCUACAUGGUGUUUCUUCUCCACAAGCACCACCAGCAUGUCCUCUACCUUCAGAACUCCAAGCUUCUCUACAGAACUCCCCCUGAGCUGAGAGCUGCUCAGAGUGUCCUCCUUCUGAUGCUCUGCUUUGUUUUCUUCUACUGGUCCGAUUGUGCCUUUUCAAUAGUACUAAGUCUCUCCUCAGGGGACAAUUCCUUGAUGGUAAAUACUCUCCGAGAACUUCUGGCCCUUGGUUAUGCAACAUUUAGCCCCCUUUUGCUGAUUCACAGGGAUGGACUUCUGGCUAAGUGUCAGCAUUUUCAGUGGGAAAAUAUGAGAAAAUGUCUCUCUAAUUGA